CCUCUUCAUCUUCCUCCUCCUCAAAGCCACACAACAAGCUUAUUUCCAAAAAGGGGAGGCGCGGCCAGAGAAGACAGGGAAAUAUGAAUUACGAUCCGCCCCUCUGGAAACAGCUCGGGGCACACACACACACACACACACACACACACACAUAUACAGACUGAGAGAGCAAUCCUGGAGGAGAAAGAAAGACAGAAACAAACAAACAGAAAGAAAAGGAAGAAGUUUGACUCUGGCACCGGGGGAGCCUCCUGGACGCAGACAUGCGCUGGAAAAGUGAGGUCAAAGUGGAGUGCUGCGUCGUGAGCGAGGACGAGAGCGGAUCGGUGCUGUCCAACGAUGAGGGCGCGCCGGUGGAGGUUUUGGAUGAGGACGCGUCGUCGCUGCAGGCGAUGGCCCCGCUGUUGGGCAGAGCUGUGUGCGCCAGCUGCAACGAGGAAAUCGUGGAUAAAUAUUUAUUAAAGGUUAACGACCUGUGCUGGCAUGUGCGCUGUCUGUCGUGCAGCGUGUGUCAGACCUCACUCGGCAGCCACACGAGCUGCUACAUCAAAGAAAAGGAGGUUUUCUGUAAACUGGAUUACUUUCGGUACGUGCAUCCAAGCGACCGUGUUGAAGAAGAAAGAUUCGGCACCUGGUGCGCAUGCUGCGGCCGGAACAUCCACUCCACAGACUGGGUCCGCCGGGCGAAGGGCAACGUGUACCACCUGGCCUGCUUCGCCUGCUUCUCCUGCAAGCGGCAGCUGUCCACCGGGGAGGAGUUCGCUCUGGUGGAGGAGAAGGUGCUCUGCAAGGUCCACUACGACUGCAUGCUGGACAACCUCAAGCGGGCCGUAGAGAAAGGGAACAGUGUUAACAUGGAGGGGGCUGUGCCGACUGAACAGGAGAUUAACCAGCCAAAACCCUCCAAGAGAGCGCGGACCAGCUUCACUGCUGAUCAGCUGCAGGUGAUGCAGGCCCAGUUUGCUCAGGACAACAACCCAGAUGCUCAAACGCUGCAGAAACUGGCGGAGCAGACGGGCCUCAGUCGAAGAGUCAUACAGGUCUGGUUCCAGAACUGCCGAGCACGCCACAAGAAGCACGUGAGCCCCAACCACAGUUCCAGCACCCCCAUGACCUCGCUGCAGCCCAGCCGCCUGUCCCAGCACACCCCGACCCCCGAGGAGCUGCAGUACACGGCGUACGGGGGCCCGGAGGGAUCCAUGCUCUCUGCGCUGCACUCCUUCAUAGACAGUGAGCACCACCAGCCUGUUCAUUGGGUUUCAUAUUAACGGCACACUAGAAAAAAAAAGUCCACUCCCCUCCGUCCAUGUUUCAACCGCUGCUGCCCGCCCACGCCAUGACCUCCCUGCCUGUGUCUCACGCCUGAGCUGCUCAAACACACACGAACACACACACACACACACACACACACACACACAGCAGCAUCAGAUUUCUCCAGCAGCGGCCCGCUUAUAGCAGUAUUCCGAUCUUCAUGGUAAUUAUAAUUUCGUUUUAAGUGGACCAUAAAACUUUUUCUUUUACACAUUGACACCCUUUAAAAAAAAACACCGUCGAGCAUAUUUACAGUCCUGAGUGUACUGUAUAAUGUGGAACUGGAACAGUUUGUGACAUAUGACAUCAUAGAUUUAUAUUUGUUUGUGUAGUUGGUGACACAGUUUGACCGUGCUCCUCUAAAGUGAACCCCACCACGACCCCAAAAUGUCGACUCAUGAUGAAGGUGAACUUGAAAUUGUUUGUGUUUUGAAUUUUUUGCAAUUUAAUUUAUUUAUUGUAUGUGAAGUCUGUUUUGAAAAUAAAUGUCUACUUUCACAAACCCC